AUGACGGGACCUCCUGAUGCGAGAAGAAAGGAUAAACGGUGUGAGUAUCAUAGAGACCAUGGUCACAACACCGAUAGUUGUUAUUCAUUAAAGGAUCACCUUGAAGAAUUGGUGCAAGACAACCGUCUUACACAAUACUUGCCGUCUAGCACCCAUAGCCCUUUGACACCAACAAAACGGCCACACGACACUAGAAGGAUCAGCUUCGAUGAUAGUGAUUUAGUUGGAGUGACCCACCCCCACACUGAUCCCCUCGUCAUUGAGCUACGUGUAAACAAAUUCACCAUUGAGCGUGUUCUCAUUGACCAUGGCAACACUUCAGAGAUAAUGUAUCAUAAAACUUUUGUCAAACUUGGUUUCACCGAUUCAGACCUGUCUCCGACUAAUUACCCGUUAUUCGAAUUCAAUGCUAACCCGGAGUAUCCUUUGGAAAAUAUCAAACUACCAAUACGGGCCGACACCAGAUCGAUAGACGUAGAAUUUCUGGUUGUCAAGCUCCCUUCGCCGUAUAAUCUGAUCAUGGGUAGAACUUGGUUACAUACGAUGCAAGCCGUGCCAAGCACCUACCACCAACUGCUCCGUUUUUCGGCUAAAUAUAGUAUCAAACAAAUUCGCAGCUCACAGAAAUCGGCACAGGCAUGCUAUCUUCUAGCUACAAAGAGACCAAAGGAACUGGAAGUGCAUUCAAUUGAGGUAUCGAAUAGGGAGAGCCUCGAAGAUAUUGUGAGGAUCCCAAGUGAAAAAGCAAUCGAAGCCCUGCAUCGGGUCUAA